AUGUCAUAUACUGAGAUAAUGGCCCGGGCGAACAGGCAGCCUCGCGCGCCGGCUGGAGCCGGCGACCAGGAGCGCGCUUUACUCGACCUGCUCGACGCCGAGCAAUCGCUUCUCAGUCCUGUCGACCUCGGAUCCCUCGGAGUCACGAGGAGACAUUCUUCACACCAUUGCCCGACCCGCAGCAGCAACAACGCCGCACAGACCGCGGCGAGCGCGGGCUCUGCUGAAGCCACGACCCAGCAAUCGAGAAGCAGGGAGCGGUCACCAGAGCCGCAGCCCAUGUUACAGGCACUAGUAGUACCCCCUCCGAUACCACAACGACCGCCCGCAGUGCCAAAGCGAACGCUACCGUCCACCGCAAACGCUUCGCCGCAAACAUCGAACGCGUCGUACUGUGUCAGCGCGCUGCUGACCGACAGUCAGAUGGGCGGUGUGCCGCCGCGCAUUCCACCGCCGCCGCCUCCGCCGCCCCCUCAAAGAAAAGACCCAAACAAUAACGGCAACAGCAACAGCACCAACAACAACAAUUUGGAGCCAUGA